GUCUACUAUGGCACGUUUCCCAUAACCAGCCGCAAAUUGCACCAGAAGUAUGGCCCGGUGGUCCGUAUUGCUCCGAAUGAGUACAGCAUUGACGAUCCCAAUGCUGCAAAAGUGAUAUAUGGCAGCGGUAAUGGAUAUAUCAAGUCCCCAUGGUAUGAAGCAAGUGGCAACCCCAUGAACCCCUUGCCUAGCCUAUUCGAUGAGCGCAAUCCUCGUCUUCACUCCGCUAUAAGGCGUAAAGUCUCCGCCGCGUAUUCCAUGUCAAGUCUUGUCCAGUCGGAAAGCUUUGUUGAUGAUUGCACAUCUUUAUUCCAACAACGACUGUCUGAGUUUGCACAAACGGGUGAGUUGGUUGACUUGACUCAUUGGUAUCAAUGUUAUGCUUUUGACGUAAUCGGGAAUAUUACGUUUGGGAAUCGGUUUGGAUUUCUUGAUAAAGGAAAAGAUAUUCAGGGCAUCAUGGCAUCCAUUUCUGGAUUUUUGAAGUAUGCCGCAAGGGUUGGGAUAUUCCCUGAAUGGCACAAGUACCUCUUCAAACUCUUCAUAAGGUCUAAGAAUCUGAAUGGGAUGGCCCACGUUCGGUCUUUUGCCAACGAAAACCUUGAGGCACACUAUACAAAAUUAAUUCAGGAGAUGGACCCAAGCAAGAUAAGCAAAGAUGAAAUUGCCCUCACAUGCAGUACCAAUAUCGGUGCUGGCUCGGACACUACUUCCAUUAGCCUGUCAGCUACUUUAUAUUUCCUUACCCUCUACCCUGAGACUCUGCGCAAACUACAUGGUGAAAUUGGAGACAUGGAAGCACAGAACUCACUCUCCAAUCCAGUCACGUUUCAGGAAUCUCGUUCUAUGCCGUACCUACAAACAGUAAUAAAAGAAGCCUUGAGGCUACACCCCGCGACUGGGCUAAUCCUGGGGCGCGUUGUGCCCAAAGGUGGUACGAGUUUGAAUGGUACAUGGUUUCCUGAAAGAAGUGUCGUUGGAGUCAACCCAUGGGUUGCUCAUAUAAACACGGAAAUCUUCGGUGUCGAUGCCAGUGAAUUUCGUCCAGAGCGAUGGUUGGGUGACCCAGAAGUGGUUAAAAAGCGAGAAUCAUAUUUCAUGAGUUUUUGGAUGGGGUCUCGAACAUGUAUUGGGAUAAAUAUAAGCGUCAUGGAACUCUCAAAGAUCGUUCCACAGCUAGUUCGCGCUUUUGGUUUUGUUCCAGAGAAUGGCAUACCAGAGUGGAACACGGAGAAUGUUUGGUUUGUGAAACCCAAGGACUUCGAAUGUCGCAUCAAACCCCACGAUGGGGCUUGUAUACGUAAGGAAGGCAAAAAACGAUAG